CACGGGCGAAGGCGAACUACAACAGCUCAGUGCGCGAGCAAGCGUGAUACGGAAUGUACGUGUGGUGCGUCUUGCGCGGACGUUAACUCUGCGAUUUAUUUUUUUAUCUUGCGAUUUAUACGGCCAGAAUAAAAAAGUUUUGGAGUAUACAGUCGAUAACUAAAAAGAGUUUUUAAUAUUAAAGUUUACUUCGAGACAGUUCGCGCAGAAUUUUGACCAAAAUCUGUGAAUUUCCGUAUAGACGCGAAAAAAGUGAAGGAGACUUUUCGAAACAAAGGACUGUUUUGUACAUUUUCGCAACGAUUGCGAAAUUGUGUUCAAAAAUACUGAUCUGGCUCAAUCGUGGAGGGUGGAAUAAAAAAAAAUACUGCCCCUUGGCCAACUAGUUCGGACACAAUCUGUGGUCACCGAACGACAAAACAAAAACGCAACGAUUUUACUAGAAUAACACAAGGACUAUAUUUAUAAAGGUUUUCAUAAAAUUCUCGUUAAAAGUAUCGUGAACUUUUCAUCGGCUAACCUAAAAAUUACAGUGAGUUCGACGACCUUACAAAUUCGUGCUUCAGUGGAUCAGUCAGUUUGCAGAUUUUUGAUACGAGAUUUUUAAGCACUAUACCUGGAUUAAGUGCCGAGUUGGUUUUGCAUGAUGUCUACUGCCAUAAUGCAUCAGUCUGCGCUGUACGACUUUGGUGAUCUGUUCUUGAAGGUGAGACCCGAUUACGACCUAGAUGAAAUGACGAUAACCAACCAAUCUCGACCAGUGCAGACAAUGAACACACUGGGAGCAUCCCUCGGACCAGUAGGAGGCGGAGCGGUUUCUGGCGGCGUCAACUGGGAACAGCAUCCCGUCCUCUCCCGCGCAGCCUCUGUACCAGCACACCGCGCUCUCGCCGGCCUACUUGACCGCCUGGGCCACCGCCGGCUCGAGCGCACCACUAGCGAACCUGCGCCACCACCACCAGCCACUAGCAGAUACAAGACCGAACUUUGCAGACCCUUCGAAGAAGCUGGUGUUUGCAAAUACGGUGAUAAAUGCCAGUUUGCACAUGGAAUGCGAGAGCUGCGCAACUUACAGCGCCACCCCAAGUACAAGACAGAGCUGUGCCGCACCUUCCACUCGGUGGGCUUCUGUCCUUACGGGCCGCGCUGCCACUUCGUGCACAACGCGGAGGAGGCGCGGCGCCGCGAGCCGCCGUCCCCGGGAGGCUCGCUGGCCUCGCUGUCGUCUGGCGGCUCGCUGGCGUCCUACAUGAGUGACGGCUCCCGCUCUCCGCGCUCGCCGCACUCGCCGCUGGCGCCGCAGUCGCCGCAGUCUCCAAUGGCACCGCAGUCGCCGCCCGCGAUGUCUCCUCCUGCGCAUGCAACUGCAUUUGCGUUCCGCCGUGCACAAUCUCCUGACCCCGAAGAAGAGCGACUCCCCGUGUUCAACCGUCUCUCAUCGGCGUUCGGAGAUCUCGUCAUCGCCUAGGGCCCCGCGUUCGCCUAGUCCUAAGUUAACUUAUACCGAACUUAGCUUAAGGAUCGUCCGUCACCUUAGUGCCUACUCGACGUCUUCCAGCCAGCGCCCGAGCGACGUCCCGCUCGUCGCGCCUCGCGCACACGCACACCCGCUCAACGAAUGAUCUCCAUUUUGUCGAUGCUAUUUUGCUACUUCGCCUUGUAAUUUAUAAAGUUAACGAAUCGAAGUGUUUUCUGGCGUCUCGAAAGUUUGCGGUGUGAAGUAUAGUGGUUUUGUACCUACAUUUUUUAGUUAUCGGCACGCACUUGUAAAUGGCACCUUAUAAUAUUAGAUAUUUAUUGUGUAGCUCGCGGAAGUCUUCCCGAUGAUCCUCCGCCGAGCGGUGGUCUCUGUAAAGUUAGCUUAUAGAACAUUUUAUUUAUUUCGUACUGCCUAUCCGCGCUCGGUACUGUACCGCGAGAAGGCGCUCGUGAUCUAUUUUUAAGGGUUUAAGAUAAUAAUUUAUUAUUUAUUUUGAGUCUCUUUAACUGUAAUAAUUAUUUUAUUUUGUAGCAAGCAGCUGCGAUGCCGCACCGCAUACGGACGAGGCCCGCGUCGACGGGACGUGGCUCGUUACUAAACUCCAAACUCGACUGAUUCUGCACCUGAACUCAAAUAUUGCUAUUUUAAUACCGGUACUUAUAUACACGCUACGGACAGAAUCAGCCGACCAACAAUUCGGUAGCUCGGUGGGCCAGUGCAUUGAAUUAUGCCACAUUAAUUAACCUCCAAUACAAUAAAGUUAUCUCACAGUUGAAACCGAAAGUGCUCAUUUGUGGCAGCUUGUCGCACGAUUACCGCAGUUAGCUAGACGACACCGCUAGUGAUCUCAUCCGCAGCCCAUCUGAGAACUUUAGGAUCUCGGCGUAGCCGCGCUCGGCUUCUUCGCUGAGGUCUUUUUCAUUUUGCCUCGUGCGGGGAGGGCGAGAUGCGGCUCCAAACAGGUUCCGAGUUUUGGUGAUUAUUUUUUUAUUGGUCGCGCCGAGUCCUCGCUGCUCGCGCCUGCAUCGCAAAAACCUUUGGGAUCGAGCACUCGCCCGCCGAACUCCUGAGCUCUCGUAACGUUAAACCUGUAAAAAGAUAUGACACAAUAAUAUAUGAAACAUGUUUAUACAAUUGUUGUCGGCGAGCGGUCGCCGCGCGGGGCGCGGGCGGGGCGCUGCCGCUCGCCCGCGCUCCGCUAAAGUGUGCCUUUUACUAAUACGAGAUAAAUCGAUUUAUUUAAUUUUUAGUUGAUCGAGAUAGAUUAUUGUUUAUUUAUUGUCUCCUUUUGAAUAUAAUAUUCAAAUUGGCACAGUUAUUACUUUAGUCCUACUUUGACAGAGCUAAGUGAUUAGUUUCCAAGUAGCAUAGUUUUCUUUUGAAUUUAAAGUGUGAUAUUUUAUAAUAUUUAUAUAAAACAAAGUUUAAACUUUUAAUUAAGGGACCAAUGUAAGUGAUUAGGAGAAAUUCUGAUAGAACCAUCGUAUGCUAUCAAUUCUACCAAGAGACUGUAUCCUCGCGCCACAUAUCGAAGAUAUUUUUGUUACAUGUCAGAUCUACGAGUUUUUAAUAUAUUACAAUAAAACGACAUUUGACCAAUACUGGUUUUGUGUUUAAUUAUUAUUCAGCUUUAUAGAACCGAGAUGGUAUUUUUUAUUUUGUUUUACUAUUUUUAGUUUCAGUUUUUCUCCCUUUCUUAGCGAGUCGUUGCAUGGUGACCACAAGAUAAUAAUUUUGUACCUAAUGUUAAGGAAUUUUUAGUUUUAAGCGUUCAUAAAGAUCACGAUUAUUAUUUAUUAUCAGUUCAUUACAAAUUAUAAACCAUUAAAAAACUGAUUAAUUUAAUUUCUUUUGUAUUUAUACCAACAUUUAAGUUGUACGAUGUCUUGUAACUUAAUGUUAGUAAUAUAUCAUGAGUCAUAUAAUAUAACAGUUUAGUUUAGUACCUACGACACUUGUAAUUAAGUAUUUAAUUUUUUUAAUUUAAUUCCAAUCGUAAGUUAAUCUUCCAAAAA